AUGAUGUUGCACCGUACUUCAAGACUGAACCAGGCUUGCCCCAGAUCCACUUGGAAGGAAAUCGUCUUGUACUUACAUGCCUUGCAGAAGGCAGCUGGCCCUUGGAAUUUAAAUGGUUACGCAAUGACAGUGAAAUAACCGCCUACUCCAGUGAAUAUAAGUACAUCAUCCCGGCUCUGCAGAGGUCUGAUGCUGGCUUUUAUCAGUGUGUGGUACGGAACAGGAUGGGGGCGUUGCUGCAAAGAAGAUCUGAAGUUCAAGUGGCAUAUAUGGGAAAUUUCAUGGACACAAACCAGAGAAAAACGGUGACUCAAGGAGAGGCUGCAGUUCUGAACGUCCUGCACAUACUCAGCUACCCGAGACCACAAGUGACGUGGUACAGAGACGGCCACAAGAUCAUACCAAGCAGCAGAAU